UUGACAACGAGGGACCUACACCCACAGGAACUACACGGAGUAGCAAAGUGCUGGAGAAGGCAGCAGCAGUAGUACUUGCGCAAGAGCCUCAGCUCGCAGUAGAUGAACCUGAACAGACGGCACACGACGAGAGUGCUGGCAUGCCGACUUCUCAGAUAGUACUAGACAUGAGUAAAGAAGUAGAAGAUCAAGACGUGAGUAAAGAAGUAGACCAGAAAAAUAUCAUCAUCAAUCAUGACGCCUUCGAUGCAACCACCAGCAUUGACGUAUCGAUUGCAGAGGCAUCAGCCACAAGCACAACAGCCGCAUCGGUGGCGGAGGUCGUCCCAAAUACAAAUAGGGGAUCGGAAAAAUUCAGUACGGCUGAUGUACUAAACGUGAGUAAAGAAGUAGAAGAUCAAGACGCUGAUACAAGAACUGCUGCCGGGAGAAGCACAGCUCAACUAUCGGCGACUCAGAGUAGACCGUCAUCAGUGCGAUUGAGCAAUUUUUCAUCUGGCGGAUUGGUCGAGGACGUUACUUUCGGAACAAGUGCUAGGAUGACGACACAAGAGGAUGAAGAACAAGUAAAAGACGGUAACGAGCAUCAUGCCACCAGUACCCAUUACCCUUCUUCCGCGACUUCAACGAGUGCGGUCAGUAGCGCCGAUAUGAUAGAUAUCACUUUCGGAGGUCCGCGAAUUGACUCUUCAACAUCAGAAUUGACGAACAAGCCAUUUGCACUACAAGUUAAUAAAGCAGGAGAGGAGCCGGCACCCGGUCCUCGUCCUACUCAAGAUACUACAACUACAGGAGAUCAUGAUCAAGUUCAAGAUGCUCCCAAUAAGACAAGACCUACAGAAUCCGAUUACGUCUUUCCAACAACCACUGAUGGCCAGAUGAUAACACGUCGUCAAGAUUCCCUAGAAAUAGAGAAAAGGCG